CUUCUCAACUAUAUAUAGCAGUAUCUUGAUUAUAAGCACAGAGAAUCCAACCAAAUAUCCUAAAGAUGAUGAAGAUGGGAGAAAUGUGGCCUCAACUGGGUUCAGUUAUGGCCAGUGUCAUGUUCGGAUAUGCCAUGUUUCAGCAAUUCUUUCCUUACCAACUUAGAGCCCCCAUCGAAAAAUAUACCCAGAAACUGUUUGGAUAUGUGUACCCUUAUAUCCAGAUUUCCUUUGAUGAAUAUUCCGGUGAGUGGUACAAGCGCAGUGAGCUCUUUACUACCAUCCAAAGCUACCUCAGCACCAAGUCCUCCACAGACGCGAAAAGGCUGAAAGCUCAAGAUGUCAAGGACAGCAAGUCUCUAGUCCUUGCCAUGGAUGAUAAUGAAGAGGUGACAGAUGAGUUUCAAGGCAUUCAGCUAUGGUGGGUUUGCAGGAAAAACCCGCCGAAACAAUCUCAAUUUUCCUUCUAUCCUCAGACUGAUGAUAAGAAGCAGUACAAGCUGAUCUUUCACAGACGCCACCGCGAUAUAAUCAUGGGGUCUUAUCUUGACCAUGUGAGGAAACAAGGCAAGGCAAUAGCAGUUGGCAACAGGCAACGAAAGCUUUACAUUAACAAUCCUGCUUCAAAUUGGUCCGGAUGGAAAGCAACUAAAUGGAGCCCUGUGGUGUUUGAGCACCCUGCAACAUUUGAGACCAUAGCAAUGGAGCCAAAAAAGAAAAAGGAAAUUGUAGAUGACCUCAUCAAGUUCAGCAAGGGGAAAGACUACUAUGCGAAAAUAGGGAAGGCUUGGAAGAGGGGUUAUCUUCUGUAUGGGCCACCAGGCACUGGUAAGUCCACCAUGAUUGCUGCCAUGUCUAACCUCAUGAACUAUGAUGUUUAUGAUCUUGAGCUGACCACGGUGAAGAACAACACUGAGCUGAGGAAGUUGCUGAUUGACACUCCUAACAAGACUAUUAUUGUGAUUGAGGACAUUGAUUGCUCGCUUGAUCUCACGGGGCAGCGGAAGAAGAAGAAGGAGAAGGAUGAUGAUGAAUGUUUGAAGAACUUGAUUGAAGCUCUCGAGACUGCAAAGGAGGAGGCAAGAGUAAAGGCCGAGGAAGAAGUGAAACUGAAGGCAGAGGAAGAAGCCAAAGAGAAGGCAGAGAAAGAAGCAAAAUUGAAGGAAGAGGAAGAAGCAAAAUUGAAGCCAGAGAAAGAAGAGAAGGAAAAGGUUGAGUCUGCUAAAGAUGAAGUUAAAUGUAAAUUAUGUAAUGGAACAUCAGCCAAACAAGAUGGGAAAGAAAAUGGAGUCGUUCAUUGAAUAUGUGGCAAGAGAGUCAAAUAAUCUGCAUAACUGGAACUUGUAGUUACAGUAGUGUGUGAAGAAUUAUAUCUGCAUAACUUGAAGCAGUAGUUACAGUAGUGUGAAAUAAGAAUCAUUAAGAAUUGUGAACCUGUAGUUACAGUGUGA